AAGGCCAUCAAAGCCAUGCAGAGGUUCGGAGGCCUGAAGGAAACCGGAGUCUUCGACCCUGCCACACUGGGUCUAAUGAAAACACCCAGAUGUUCUCUGCCAGAUGUGUCUGAGGCCGAGGGGACGGUGGGCCGCAGCAAACGAAGCGCGACCCCUCAGAACAAAUGGAAUAAGAGGCAUCUCUCCUGGAGAGUGAGGACCUUCCCUAAGGAUUCAGCCGGACUGGGCAGGGACACCGUUCGAGCCCUGAUGUACUACGCCUUGAAAGUCUGGAGCGACAUCGCGCCGCUCAACUUCCACGAGGUGGCCGGCAGCGACGCGGACAUUCAGAUCGACUUCACCAAGGCCGACCACGACGAUGGGUAUCCGUUUGACGGGCCGGGCGGCACCGUGGCACACGCGUUCUUCCCCGGGGAGAGGUUCACCGCCGGGGACACGCACUUUGACGACGACGAGGCGUGGACCUUCAGAUCGCCAGACACCCAUGGCAUGGAUCUGUUUGCGGUUGCAGUCCAUGAGUUCGGUCACGCCAUCGGCCUGGUCCACACCUCCGCCAUGGAGUCCAUCAUGAGGCCGUACUACCAGGGUCCCGUAGGAGACCCUCUGAAAUACGACCUGCCCUAUGAGGACAAGGUCCGCGUGUGGCAGCUCUACGGGGUCAGAGACUCAGUGUCCCACACCAAUCGACCGGCGAACCCCUCGCAGACAGCUGAGCCUCCCGUCCUGCUGGACCUCCCUGAAAACAGAUCAACUGUCUUCCUGGCACGAGACGCCCCAGACAGAUGCUCCAGUCACUUCGAUGCCGUGGCGCAGAUUCGCGGGGAGGCCUUCUUCUUCAAAGGGAAGUACUUCUGGAGGCUAACUCGAGAGAAGCAUCUGGUGUCUCUUCGCCCGGCUCAGAUCCAUCGCUUCUGGAGGGGCCUGCCGCCCAAUCUGGACAGUAUCGACGCCGUGUACGAGCGACCUGGGGACCACAAGAUUGUGUUUUUUAAAGGUCUCAAGUACUGGGUGUUUAAAGACAAUAACGUGGAGGAAGGUUACCCCCGUGCGAUCAGUGACUUUGGUUUGCCCUUGGAAGACAUCGACGCGGCGUUUGUUUGGCUGCACAACGACAAAACCUACUUCUUCAAGGACAACAACUACUGGCGCUACGAUGACCACCUGAGGCGCAUGGACCAGGGCUACCCCAAAGACAGCUCGCUGUGGAAGGGGCUGCCGCCGCACCUGGACGACGCCAUGAGGUGGUCGGACAGCUCGUCCUAUUUCUUCAAGGGGAAGGAGUACUGGAAAGUUCCGGGCAGUGACAUGGAGGUGGAGGCAGGUUACCCCCGCCUCAUCGCCAAGGACUGGCUGCUGUGCACGGAGAUGCAGUCGGACUCCCCCGACGCGGAGCCCAAGAGCACGGAGACGAGGGUCAACGUGCACCGCCAGCCGGACCACGCGGAGAACGGGUACGAGGUGUGCUCCUGCACCUCGGACUCCGCCUCGCCUUUGGGCGCCCGCCACUCCCCCUCCCCCCUCUGGCUGCUGCCGCCGCUCUGGACGCUCUCGCUGGCCCUCAGCUCCGAACUGCUAUGAUACCAGAGCACGGGACCAAGUUCUCAAGCUGAGGCGCAAGAGACAGACUCUCCAGAGGAGGACCGCGGGACGCGAAAUACAAACUCUACCAUUUGUUCAUAUAAAUAUCAAUUGGUAUGUUUUUUGCUGUUAUUUAUUUCACAUGCCAUUCAGUGUCAUCUAAGGAGCCUUCCAGCUCAGUGAGCCUAGUGCAUACAGUUAACAUGUUAUUAUACUAGGGCAUCCCUAGUAGCCGUCCUUUCACUGACAAGGACAGUGGUAGAACCAUCCUUACACAGAAUCACAACUUCUAUUCUUUGGCUUCUCAACUGGCUCAACUUUUGCUGCGAGGAAAACAAAUUGAUGAUUGGGACUUGAUGUGUUCACUCUAAAUAAGGAAGUAUUCGAACAGCACCAAUGAUAAUUACUUUCUUUCAUGUACAAGUUUAGAGCAAUAAUGAAUGGCCCUGUGGGAUGCAAGCAGAGAGACACAGGAACAAAGGUCUGGAUGAGAAGAUCGAACGCUAAUGUCUGUACGCUAAACAGGAAGCGACAGCCGGGAGCUGGUUAGCUUAGCUCAGCAUGAAGACUGGAAACAAGGGGAAAUCCAUAUUUAUAUUACUGUUUAAGUCAUGUUUAUUAUUACUGUAAAACAACAUGUGGGUACACAGGCUCGACCAAUCAAAUAACAAGUUAAAACCAAACAUGAUCACUUAAACAUACAUCAGUGUGUUAAGGACAGUCCUUAAGUAAUUACAAAUAUUUAGACUUUGUAGUUUGGUCCAUGUCCCAUCCAACGACAUGGAGGAAGAAGGGGCCUAUACCGUAGCCAGCCACAAGGGGGCGUUCAAGAUGAUUUGGCUUCACUUUUGGAGUGCCACCAUAUCGUCCAUCUUUACAUUCCAUAGUUUCUCUCUGUAUCCAGACUUUCUGUCUAGCCAGGCUGAACCAACCCCGGUUGUGGCCUUGUUUUUAAAUCUAUUAAUCUUAUUACAGCGUAUUCUCUGUAACGUCUGUUGCUUUAGGCGGCGCCUGGUGAGCAGAGCUUGCUCGCCAGGCUGCACACUGCCUCCCAGCGUUCACCAGUGAAAUUGGUUACAGUCAAGGAUUUGGUCACGGCCACGGUCGGGGUUCGGCUCCAUCAAUCCAUCACAG